AUGCAGUACGUGCGAAACCUCAGCGACUCGGUUUCCACGGCCUGGAAUUCCAUCAACCCGGCAACUCUCAGCGGCGCCAUUGACGUUAUUGUCGUCGAGCGCGACGAUGGCACCUUGGCUUGCUCGCCCUUUCAUGUCCGCUUUGGCAAGUUCUCGCUCUUGCGCCCGUACGAGAAGAAGGUCGAGUUCCGCAUCAAUGGCACCAAGCAGCCCUACUCCAUGAAGCUGGGCGAGGGCGGCGAGGCCUUCUUCGUCUUUGAGACUUCUGAUUCGAUCCCGGAGUCCAUGCAGACAUCCCCGCUGGUCUCUCCGGCAAGCAGCCCGCCGUUCGGACCGGCAGAUUCCUCGUCAGCCAUGCAGGAGCCGGAUGCUCUGGAGCUUGAUGGAGAGCCAGGAAAGUUCCGCAUGAUCACGCCUUUAUCAUCCUCUCCUCCACUCUCAAGCUCGCAGCCUGGCUCUGGUGACUGGCGAGCCUUUGACCGACCUCACAGCGACGACAUCUUGCGGAAAACGGCACGGCAUCAUGACGAUGCCAUUUCGGACAACGAGAGCCCCUCUGAGUCAGAAAGAUCGCAUAGCCCUCCGCCACUUGGACCCAAGGAGGCCAUCGCACGCGCUAGGGCGCUUUCCAAGGGACUGUCUGCGGUCAACAUUCCAACGCGCGUCACCGAGACGGGAGAUCUUAUGCUGGACAUGACCGGCUUCAAGAGCAGCGAGGAGGACAUGCUUCGUGCCGAAGUCCUUGCACGCAACAUCCUUUCCGAGGAAAUGGACGGCAACUAUGAUAUCGGCGCCUUGUUUGGGUUUGAUGAAGAGGGCAACCUUUGGGUCUACAGCAGCGAAGACGCGAAACAGGCCGCUAUGAACAAGACCAUUGAGUCGUCAUUACAAGCACACCGCCAUGCGGUUGCCGCCGAUGCCAUCUCGGAUCCAGGGUACCAAAGCGAUGGCAGCGAUCUCACCACCUCACCACACAUUCCCUCUCACCGGCGAUCAGAGUCUGAUGCUGGUCCUGGCGGCAUGCAUACGCCCCCCCGAAGCCCGACCGGCUCACUUCAGCCCCCCAAGAGCUACGCCAAGACGCUUCGAUUGACUAGCGAUCAGCUGAAGGACAUGAGCCUAAAGUACGGAGAGAACUCAAUGAGCUUCACAGUCAACCGAGCAACCUGCUCAGCCAACCUGUAUCUCUGGAAGCAUGACACACCUGUGGUCAUUUCGGACAUUGACGGCACCAUCACCAAGUCGGAUGCACUUGGCCAUGUGCUCAACAUGAUUGGCCGAGACUGGACUCACUCUGGCAUCGCAAAGCUCUACAGCGAUAUUGCCCUGAACGGAUACAACAUCAUGUACUUGACAAGUCGCUCCGUCGGACAGGCCGACACGACUCGUGCUUAUUUGAACAAUAUCGUUCAGGAGGGCUUCAAGAUGCCCCACGGCCCAACUAUUCUGUCUCCCGACCGAACUAUGGCUGCGCUACGCCGCGAGGUCUACCUGCGAAAGCCUCACGUGUUCAAGAUGGCAACCCUGCGGGACAUCCGAAACCUGUAUGGACCGGACGGUGGUCCUUUCUAUGCCGGGUUUGGCAACCGUCUCACAGACCAAAUCUCCUACCGAACGGUGGAUGUACCGCGAACCCGCAUCUUCACCAUCAACUCCAACUCAGAAGUAUCACUUGACCUCCUGAGCCUUAACAAACUCAAGAUGACCUAUGUCAAUAUUAAUGAGGUUGUGGACCACUAUUUCCCCCCUGUCGAUACCCUGGUCAGGGGUGGCGGGGAGGAGUACACCGACUUCAUGUACUGGAGAGAUGACCCCCUCCGGAUUGAUGACUUCUCGGCUAGCGAUAGCGACGAUGAUGACCAGGGCAGCACUUACACCGACGAGGAAGAGGAGGAUGAGGAAGACGACGAAGAAGAAGACGACGAAGAUGACGACGAGGUUGGCGAAGGGCUUGCAGAUAGCUACAUCUCGCACGAGGAGUUUGACGACGACGAGCUCGAGGAAAACCGAAUGAUCAAUUCCGUUGUCGAGAGUAUCGAGCAUGAAGACGCCGAUGAUGAGGAGAAUUACGAGGAUGAAGAUGCCGAGGCAUCGGAUGAUGAAACCCGGGUGGUGGAAGAUGUCCCAGCCGAGAUAAUCACUGGGGUCAGUCACCUAUCCAUGGAAGAGAAGGCGAGAAAUUAA